AUGAUAAGAAGAUUUAACCGUAAUUGGUUUAUUUAUUUUAAAAAUAGUCACAAACAGUAUUCAUCAUUGUCAACAAUAAUAAAAUCUAAUCAUUCAUACAAACAAUUAAUUAAACCAAGUAAAUUAAUAAUUAAUAGGUUAAACAAAAAUUAUUGCACCAUGAGUGAAGAUUUGUCACUGUAUACUCUACCCAACAGUCAACCUAUCGUAAUACUCCAGUGCGAAACAGCAUUUAAUGCACUAUCAAAAAAAGAAAAACUUUAUGCUCAUUAUUUAAGUCAAGCUGCUUGGAACGGAGGCUUAAUUGUCUUGAUCCAAACAUCACCGGAGUCACCAUUGAUUUUCGUACUUUUGCAUAAAAUAUUUAGCUUUGAAUCAAUCGAAGAUUUUAAAAAAUCAUGCUUGGCUUCUGGAGUUACUGAAGAUGAAUUCACAGCGUUCCUUGUUUAUGCUUGUGGGAUUUUAUCCAAUGCUGGUAACUACAAGUCAUUUGGAGACAGUAAAAUAAUUCCAAAUUUACCGAAAGACAAGUAUGAAUUGAUAAUAAAAGCAUCAAAAGCUUACAAAAAAAAUUCUAAAGAACUCGAUGACAUUUGGAGUAAAAUAAAAGACAGUAUGUACUCUCUUGAAGGCAAAGUAAAAUCUUUAGGUUUGGGAGAGAAAGGAAUAACAACAUAUUUUUCUGGUAAUUGUACCGAAGAAGACGCUGAAUUGGUUAAAGAAUUCAUGCAGAGUAAAAAUUUUGAAGCAUACAAUAGCAGAUGUUUCAAAACAAUUGAGUAUUAUACCGACGAGUCGGGUCAGAAAAAAGAACGCAAUGUUUAUGAGAUUAAAUUGGCAUCAUUGGACGAAAAUGAUGACCCGAAAAUAACUUUGCCCGUAGAAUUAUUCAGAGGUUCUAAAUUUUUUGUGAGCCGGGGCGACUACAGUAAAUUAUUCAAUGGAGUUAUUAACAACUUGAAGAAAGCUAAAGAAUACGCCGCUAAUGAUAAUGAAAUAAAUAUGUUGGAUAAAUACAUAAGUCACUUCAAGACAGGAUCGUUAGAUGACCAUAAGGAUGGUUCGCGUUUCUGGAUUAAAGAUAAGGGACCAGUUAUUGAAACUUAUAUUGGAUUUAUUGAGAAUUAUCGUGAUCCUGCUGGACAACGUGGUGAGUUUGAAGGUUUUGUCGCAAUGGUUAAUAAAGAAAUGUCACAAAAGUUUUCAACUCUUGUUGCUCGUGCUGAAGAAUUUUUACCGAAAUUACCAUGGGGUAAAGACUUGGAGAAAGAUCACUUUUUGCGACCAGAUUUUACGUCUUUGGAUGUUUUAACAUUCUCUGGAUCGGGUAUUCCAGCUGGAAUAAAUAUUCCUAACUACGAUGAAAUAAGACAGAGUGAAGGAUUCAAAAAUGUUUCUUUGGGUAAUGUUAUUCCAGCCAACAUGAAGCAAGAUGUUCUUCCAUUUUUGUCUGACGAAGACCAAGUUCUUAUGAACAAACAUCGUACUGCUAGUUUUGAAGUACAAGUUGGACUUCACGAAUUACUAGGUCAUGGUAGUGGAAAAUUAUUUAGACAAUUAGCUAAUGGAGAAUAUAAUUUUGAUAUUAAAACAGUCAAAAAUCCAUUAACUGAAGGAUUGAUUGAUAAAUAUUUCUUAGAAGGUGAAACUUAUGACUCUAAAUUCGGAGGUAUGGGAUCUUCUUACGAAGAAUGCCGUGCUGAAGCUGUUGGUCUUUUCUUAAGUCUUGAAAAAGAGGUACUCAAGAUAUUUGGUUAUGAUGAUGCAAACGCUGAUGACAUUAUUUAUGUCAACUGGUUAUCACUGUUGUGGAAUGGUUGUGCCAAAGCUUUGGAAAUGUAUCAGCCAUCUACAAAAAAAUGGUUACAAGCUCAUUCACAAGCACGUUACGUCCUAUUGCGAGUUUGCUUAGAAGCUGGUGAAGAUUUUGUUAAAAUUGUUGAGACUGAACAAGAUAAAAAUCUAAGAUUGACCCUCGAUAGAAGUAAACUUCAUACCGUUGGUAAAAAAGCGGUCGGUGAAUUUUUGAAAAAACUUCAAGUAUACAAAAGUCUUGGUGAUUUUGAAUCCGCUAAAUUAAUGUAUGAUCACUAUUCUGAAGUACCUGAGACCGGAACUCAACCUUGGGCAAGAUGGAGAAGUAUUGUUUUAGCUCACAAACAACCCCGAAAAAUUUUCGUUCAAGCCAAUACUUUUGUCAAAGGUUCUGACGAAGACGUUGAGCUGAAAAAUUAUGAUCCAACAUUUGACGGCUUAAUCCAAUCAUGGAUGGAUCGUUUUCCGUCAUCAAAUGUUACACAAACACUUGUUGAAUUGUGGGAAAAAGAUCAAACUCAUUUUGCACCUCAACUUCUCAAUUGA